AGGCGGGCCGAAAACAAGCGUGGCCGUCGACGCAGCCCGCGGCGACGCCCACGCAACACGAAGGACUGCGCGCGCUUGCAAUUGCAACGGUGCGCCGGAAAGAGCACCGCGCGCGCCGCCGCCACAUACAUCUACAGCUCACAUAGAGGGGGCAGCCCCGCAAAGCAGCACCGGCAGCGAUGGGCUGCAGCUCGUCGAAGGAUGAUGAUUUUGCGGAGACCGACGACGAAUUUAUAAAGGGGCACUUCGAGGAAGUGGUUCCCGAAGCCGCGGAGAAGCCGUGCACGACCUUUGUCAGGGGCCAGCCGAAGCCGACGAGCUGGCUCGUGGGGAACGGCUCGCCAACACAAGCGCCGGUGACGCGGCGCCGGUCCUGGGACGCCCUGCCGCCGAAGGCCCGAACGGCCCCGAAGGCGGCCACGCCCGUCCGCGUCGCCAAGCUGACCACGGAGCUCGACGCGCUGAGCGCGCGGCUGCCGGCGCCGGCGCGACACAAGCCGGUCCCGCAAGUGAGCCGCGCGAACUCCACCAAGACGGCGACGCCGCAGGGUCAUAGAGUCGUGACCAUGUCGUCCGGCGAAAUGGCCCGGGCGCCGCCUCCCCCAGAACCGGAGCCGGAGGUGCCGCCGCCGCCUCCGACAACUUUCUCGUCGCCGCCGCCGCCGCCCGCGACCACGAAGGCGUCUCCCCCAGAACCGAUCGCGUCGCCGUCCACGCCCGUCAAGGCCCUGGCCAAGGCCUGGGACGAGGGCCGCGGGCCGCCCUCGCCGCGGUCGCCGGUGAGCGACGCGUCCGACGAGUCGCCCGUGCGCGCGGGCCACCGCGUGCGCAUCGUCGGGUUGGAGAAGGCGGCGCAGCACAACGGCUGCGAGGGCGUCGUGAUCCCGAAGCGCGACGGCGAGCGCAUCGGGGUCAAGUUAGAUAAUGGGAAGCUGCUGUCGCUGAAGCCGGCGAAUUUGGAAGUACAGCGUAAACCGCGCCUAGAAGAUCGGAUCAAGGAGAGCCAGGAGCGGGCGCUGCGACGGGCGGAGGAGCGGCGGCGCGCCGACGCUAAAAGAGAGGAGGCCGAGCGUGCGAGGGUUGCGGUCCACGAAGCGGAGGCGCGCCGCCAGAAGAAGAUUCAUGAUGCAGAACUGGAGCGAAUCGCGGAACAGAAACGUCUCAACGACGCGGAGGCCCAGGAAGCUCUAGAAGCUCGCGAGGCGCUGCGGCAGUCGUCGCUGCGCAAGAACCGCGCCAAGGCGAAGGCAUCCGCGGCGACGGCCGAGAGUACCGCCACGAAGGCCACGAAGGCCGCCGCCGAGGCCGAAAGAAUUGCGAAGCAGGCGGAGGCCAAGGCACUUGAAAUUCGAAAGCAGGAGGAACUGAGGAAGGCGAGGGCCGCCGCGCGCAAGGAGGAGGAAGCGCGCCGCGCCGAGAAGGCCCAGAAUGAAGCCGCGCGACGCAAGGCCGAGGAGGAGACUGCUAAGGCUACUAAGGCCAAGGUCGCGGAGAUGAAAAAGCUCGCCGAGGCGCGCGCGAAGGCUGCGAAAGCCGCUCAAGCUAAGAAAGAGAAGGAACGAGCGGACUUGACCUGGCUCGAGAAGAAACGCGCCGACGAGAAGGCCGCGAAAGCGAAGCGCGAGAUGGAAGAGCUAGCCAAGGCCGAGGAGAAGGCCGCAGCAGAACGAAAACGCGCGGCAGAUGAGCAACGGGCCCAGGCGAAGGCUGCCAAGGCGAAGCGAGACGCCGAGGCCCGGGCCAAACGCGAAGCCGAUGAAAAGAAGGCUGCAGAAGCCAAGGCGGCAGGUAUCGCCGAGGAAGCACGGAAAGCACGAGCAGCCAAGGUCGCGGAGAACAAGCGCGUUCAGGAGGCUAGAGCCAAGGCCGCACUCGCGAGAGCCGAGGCGGACGCCAAGAUCGCCGAGGCGAAAAAGAAGUCUGAGGAGGCUCAGAAAGCUAUAUCGGACAAGAAGGCUUCGGACGCCAAAAAGGCACAACAAGCCAAGGCGAAAUCCGCCCAGAAGGAGCAGGAAGCGGCGACGGCCAAGGCCGCGGCGGACAAACGACGGGCGGCGGCGGCCGAGGCUGAGGCAGAACGCGAGCGCGAGCGCAAGGCGAACGAGCGUGCCAACGCCUGGCGCGAGGAGGAGGAGGAAAAAACGAAACAACGCGAGGCCGCCGCCGCCAAGCGCGCCGAGAUCGAACGCAAGGUCAAAGCCGCAAAGGCGGCCAUAGCGUUCACGGCGCCGCCGCCGCCCGGGGCCGGCAGCGACGCGCGCAUCUGCAGCGUCUGCAGGGCGCACCUCCCGCCGUCGGCCUUCUCCGCGAAACAACUCAAGGCGAAGGCCGCGAAGAGGAAGUGCAAGGGCUGCGUCGGCAAGCCGGUGCCCGAGUCGUCCUAAGGAGGCUUCAGUCA